AUGCUUUCUUCUGCUGAUGCGACCGCCGCCGGGAACGGGUACAGAUCAUCAAGCGCAGCAGACCUGGGGUGGUCGAGUGCGAGUGGACUGAGAAGCGGUGUAGAGGCGAAGGCUUCGAUGGCGCCGCCCUCCGUGCCCGCAGGUGUGGCACCGCCGCUUCGCUACGGGGGUGAUCCGGUGGCUGCAACGACAGCGGUGCCGCCAGCCGGACAUGUGACGUUCCCGGCUGCAGACCUUGUGGACAGGAGCGCCUUCCUGUUUGGACUCCUUCAGUCCGAACACUUGGUGCAUGAUGUGCACGAUGCCAUCGUUGCUCUCAACAACGUGGCUGCUGACAAGACCGACGACGGUGAUGCCAAGAGCCGCGCCGCAGGCGGCCAGAUCAGUAGCGAGGGGGCCCUUUCAGGUGUGUUCUACUUUAUUGCCCGCCCCCCCAGCCCCGAUAUGCCGUGGCGCCCCAUCUACACCAGUGCCGUACUGCUGUGCGUCUUUUCAACUGUGGAGGCGGCGCAGCGGGCGAUUGCCCGCGUCGACGGAGUGGUGCUGCACAGACUACAGACGGAGGUGCGGGACUCUGCAUCGACAGCCUCGACGGCACCGAUGUCGUCGCCGUACUUCGUCCUCCGCCCGGCCAGGGAGUUUGUGCUGGGGCCGGAGAAUACGGACACAGCGUUGCUCACCUACCUCACAACACCACGACUCGUGGACUUGCUGCUGCGUCGUCAGCGGAUGCAGAAACCGAACGACAGGGUUGCAGACGACGCGGAGCAACUCAGCGCCAUGGAGUCGUACGCUCGAGCGAACUUACCGCCGGCGUAUCUAUGCGGCUCUGCCGCGCGUCUUUACGCUGCCAUUCUGAGUCCGCAGAGUCCCUACGCGGUGGACUGGGCGGGGGUGCGCGUGGCGAUGGCUCGUGGGGACGGCAUCGUGGUGCCGGAGAUGAGCGUGGUAGAGCCAUGGGCUUGCGGUGGGGCUGGUGAGUACGACCGUGAUAAAGGCGCUACCCCGGCCGCAGCCGGCUCGGCGCCCGCUGACAGAGGUUCGCCACCGUUGUUGCAGGGCGCAGACAUUGAGCGGCGUCGGCGCGCGAGCGUGUCGGGCGCCGCUCGCUACGUUCCAGUGACACUGCAGGAAGAGGAGUAUUAUCGCCGAUACGGUGCUGGGUCGCCGAGUCGCACGGCCAGCAGCCGUACUCGUUGCGGCAGUGUGGAGGGGCUGACGGAGCUGAUGCCCUCUCGCGGGUCCCUCUAUCGUGGCGCACAGGGCGUUCUGCGCGGCGUUUCCUGGUUCUGGCGCCGCGCCUACGAGAGCCUCAGCGGCAAGGAGGCGGGGCUGAUCAGCGGUCCCAGCAGUCUUCCAGUGGCGCCGACGGUUCCCAGUGCGCCGCCGCAAGUGUCUGCUGGAGCGACAGGCAGCUCCGAUCAAGUGCCAUUUCCUGCGUCCACGACCGCGGUAAGCGAGGGGCGGGACUUCUACAAGCCCCCGCGAGCGCGGCACCGCACGGAGGACCGCGGGUCCGACGGUGUUCGCGGCACCCGCGGAGGCGGUGGUCAGCCGAUUAUGAUUCCCCGCUUCAACGCGGUCGGCUCUGCGCUGUCGUGGAUGCCGGGGUUUCACUAUGUCGCGCCGCUCUUCGUCACGGGCGUCUUUCCGCUGGGCGGCACCGCGCCACGGCCGCCGCAGCGCCGUCGUAUGCGUGAGGAGGAGGGCGGUGACUUGGAGAGCUGCGCGCGGGGCGGGAUAGAGGGACGGUUGUAUGGCAUCGCGUCAACGGAUGCAUGGCGGCGCGAUGGCGGCCAAGGGCCGUCGUAUUCCUCGCUCAACCACGCGCCGAUGCCAGAACCGUUCUCGGACGCCGCCGCCUGGGGUGCCCCCCUGCGGCGCUCUGAGGUGUCGGCGGUUCCUCAGAGUGCCGGUUUGCUGCCGGUAUCGUGGAGUUCGUCGGCGCAGCCGUCUCAGGUGUUUCCUGCCUCGUUGCCGCUGCACGUGGCUGAUGUACCGCGCGGAGCUGCUGACAGAGCGCCCCAUCUGAGCUCACUUCUGCCAACGCCGACGGUCUCCUCUAUUGCACCGAACCGCUCCCACAUGCCGCUUCACAACAGUGAUCUCGCGUCAUCCAGCGAGGACGGCGCAAUGUCGGAGCUGGGGCGAUCCCGUGCCGCUGACAGACCUGAUGCCCUCACCGCUUCGUCGGGAGGGAACCGUGAUUUCAUUCGCGUCGAUGGGGUGCACGCAGCUGGUGGAGGCUCUCGCGCUGGUCGCCAUGUGGGCAGCGUUGGUAGUGGCACACCGCUUGCUGCGGGUGCACUGGGGGGGAGCUCAGCCACGAAAUCUGGUGGCGCGAGACCCAGCGGCACGCUUGCAGAUGAGCUUCGCGCUUUUGGCAGCGGCCCCGUGGCCGGUCUGCGUGGUCGUACCGAUACCCAGGAGGAGGUGCGCACCACUGCAGCGGACACCACGACUGAUGUUCAGAGAGAAAAGAAAUCUAGCUCCCGCGCAUCGCGCCGCACGGUGGAAUUUAGCCUUCCUGGGGAGACCAAGUAG